AUGUCCCAAAUCCGUGGAAUCUUCCCACUUUUCUUAGCCACGGCCUUUGGCAUUGGGAAUGGAAUAUGGGUUUUUGGCCCAGCUUUCAAAGAACAGCAGCGGGAGAAACAAGAGCAAGCACAAAAGGCUCUAGAAGUUGCUCGUCAUUCCGAAGCAGGGGAGGUACAAACAUUAAGGGAAGCUGAAGCAGCGGCUAGUCGGAAAAUUGCAACAGAGUCUGCUUUGAGGGCAGAUAAUCCGUCAAAAUCUUGGUGGCCGAGUCUCAGUCUCUGGUCGAAGGAAACGAAGGCCGGCAUUGGAAAGUCUGAUGAUACGACCCCAACGAAGGGCAAUGAUAUGGAGAAAGAAAACUGA